CGCUGACUCGCUGAUUGCAAUAACGUUUACCUGGCUCGACUGCGCGAUUUACGCGGCGCUUCGAGUGGACAAACGCCGUCCGCGAUAGCGAAGAUGAACUCGCAAGCAAAGCCGCGAUCCUCCCUCGCCUUUUCGCCCACUGAUAGGCUUCUUCCUCUGUUCGGGCCGCGACUUGGCUGCAUCAAUGUCCAACGCCAGGAUAGUGUAGAGCAACUGCAGUUGAAGACACCUACGCUGAUUGUUGCUACGUCGCGCGGUGUCGUACCUCACUUGUCCAGGGACCAUGUCAGACUGACCAAAGCCAUCCGCUGGGUGCAUGUCCCUUUCGAAUCAUUGUAAGAACUGUUCCUUCAUGGUCAUCGUUCGGCUGCUGGAUAACUCCACGCCAUGCGGGCCGUAAGUUCGAACUCUCAUGAAUUGCGUGAUUGUCCAGCCUGGAACGCUUGCCUCCUGUGCUGAUGUUGCAGCCGGGGUCACAUCCGCUCCACAAGUUCCUCGGUUACGCAUCGUCCGAGCAUAUCGUAUCGAUGUCCGCAAGAGAUCCCUUUGACGGCAGAGGUAUGCCUCCAAACGGCAAAGAUCACAUAUCAACUUACUGCAUCAGAGGCGUGCGCAAGCUGUCCUCCUCUGCAUGGCAAGAAUAUACCGAUAUCUGCAACCCGGAUGCCGUCGUCCCGCUAUCGGACACACCGUUCACAACACCACCUCAAUCACAGAAGCGUUUGACUAAAAGUAUUGAACGAUCAGUAACCUGGCUCGCAGACCUACUCAAAUACCGGGCCAAGUCUCAACCGUACCAGAUGUUCAAUGCAGCGCCACUCUACCAUGCUGCUAGCAAUGUGUUACUUCACAUGGCCGGCGGUGUCAGUUUGCAGGCACGCAAAGCAUUCGCUGAAAAUCUGGUGGAGAGUCUAGAUGAAAGGGACAUUGAGCAGCUUCGACCAUUCCAUCGACUCGACGACGGCGUUGCAGGAUAUGUUUUUGAUCUCGCCCCUCUUCGCACGGCCCUGUCGCCCGGUCUCUCCAGUAUUGUGCGCGGAGUCAGCGACAAUCUGGGUCCGCAACCUGAUCUCAGCGAGACGCCGUCAGAGCUGUCGAAACUUUUGCAGGCGUCGCUCCGUCCUCUCCCUCCCAACAAGCCUCGGUUCAUCAACUCUGCAAAAUCUCCACAUGAAAUGCUCCGCCUGAUGCGAGAUGUCGGUAUCGAUCUGUUCGAUGCUCAUUGGGUGCAGCGGGCUGCAGACAUCGGCAUAGCGUUAGACUUCCAGUUCCCAAUCCCUCAAUAUCCUUCGGAAUCCGCAUCCGCCGGCGGCAAUAUCCAAUGUGCUGCGCCCAAAGUCCGAGGUGGGGGGAAAUUUGAUCUGGGACACAAUCUCUACCACACUUGCUACUCGCAUGACCACUCACGGCUCGCUUCAAGCUUUCUGGAUGGCCUAUCGCUGCAAGGAAAGUCUGACAGCGUGGCGGUUCCUGAGGGCUCCCACAGCAUCUGUCCAUGCGGAGCAUGCUCUCCGAUCCGUCCCUCGGCAAUUGUGCGGCACAGUAUUGUCGACGACCUCUCUUUCUCCGACGCUCCGGAGUCACCACAUACGUCACAGUUCCUGCCACCCUAUGCACGAUCAUACAUACAUCACCUGUUGCACACCCACGAGAUGUCGGCACACUCGUUGCUUGUCAUGCACAACCUCUCCAUUCUGGAUGCUUUCCUCACAGGUGUGCGCGAGGUCCUUGCCCGCUCGGAUGACGACAAAGCAUUCAUCAGAGAGAUGGAGAAAUUUUGUGAUAUGUAUGACGAAAGUAUGGUCGUCUUUGAUGAGGGUCGGUCACAUUGGGUCGAAGUCGAGUUGGCCCGAGGGAAGGGGCGGCUGGCGAGAGAGAAGGUCAAGCAGGCCGAGAGGCCUAGUGUAGGAACGUCAAUCGAAACGUAGAUUUGCCGUAGAUAUAAUAUUUCUGCCUGGCUUGAUUUUUGCACAGUUUAGACAAAGUAGAGCUCGUAGUUUCCAAUGCUUGACGCUCCUGUUUGGCUGGUCGGGCCAUC